CUUCAAAUCUUAAUUAAAAUGGCAUGCAAUAUCCGAAUGGUAUCUCUCCCUUGUGUGAGAAAAGUGAUACCCGCAUGCCUCGAGCCAGUGACUUUGAACACAAACCUAAAUUUCAGAAGUACAUCUUUUACAAAGAAACCGAAUAGUCAUGUGGUGCAAGAGAAAACUCCCACUCCAGGAAAGUUUGGAAUCUUUGGUGGGAAGUUUGUACCUGAAACCCUGAUCUCCCCCUUAGAAAAACUUGAAGCUGAAUUCAACUCCAUUUUGGAGGAUCAUGAAUUUAAGGCGGAGCUAGCAGCUGCACUAAGGGAUUACGUUGGACGUGAAACUCCUUUGUACCAUGCCCAUAAUCUCACAGAUCAUUACAAGAACAUCAACGGAGAAGGGCCUGAAAUAUAUCUUAAAAGAGAGGAUCUCGGCCAUGGAGGAUCAUACAAGAUGAGCAACGUCAUUGCACAAGCACUUUUGGCCAAACGAAUGGGCCAAAAGAGCGUUAUAACAGCUACGAGUGCUGGCAACCAUGGUGUUGCAGCAGCUGCUGUGUGUGCUAAGUACUCCUUAGAUUGUACUAUUUUCAUUGGAACCAGAGAUAUGCAGCGAAAUCCCUCAAGUGUUCAACGCAUGAAGCUGCUUGGAGCUCAGGUUAAGGCUGUUGAUGGGAAUUUUCAGGCAGCAGUAUCGGAAUCAACUAGGUCGUGGAUAGAAAACCUAGAAACUGGAUAUUACUUAGCAGGAACAGCGGUGGGCCCACACCCUAUCCCUACAAUGGUCCGUGAAUUCUAUUCGGUGAUUGGAAAAGAAACAAGGAAGCAAGCAAUGGAAAAAUGGGGUGGCGUCCCGGAUGUGUUGGUUGCUUGUGUAGGGACUGGUUGCAAUGCUUUAGGUUUGUUUCAUGAAUUCAUAGGGGAUGAAAGUGUACGGAUGAUUGGAAUUGAGGGAGGUGGAGUAGGAAGUAACACCAGAGAUUUACAUUCUGCAAGUCUUGUAAGAGGUGAAGUUGGUGUUUAUCAUGGAGCCAUGUGUUAUUUGCUACAAGAUGGAGAUGGCCAAAUCAUUAGAACCGAGUCAGUGGCUAGUGGAUUGGAGUUUCCAGGAGUAAGCCCAGAACUAAGCUUUCUAAAAGAUUCUGGCAGACUUGAGUGUUACACAGUUACUGAUCAAGAAGCUCUUGAUGGAUACAAAAGAUUAUGCCAUUUUGAAGGGAUAAUACCAGCAUUAGAGGCCUCUCAUGCUUUCGCCUAUCUCGAAAAGCUUUGUCCUACACUGCCUCAUGGCGCAAAGGUUGUGGUUAAUUGCAGUGGCACUGGGUACAACGACGUCUUGCAGUCCUCAAAAUGAAAUAUUAUAGUUGUCUAAAAAUUCAUUAGAUUUGGUUUAGUUUACAAACGGUACCGUAGGAUGGUAGUUGCAUACUUUCAUAUAUGUAUAGAAGCAUAUAAAGUACACCGUAUAACAAGAAUACAUUGUCGGAGUUCAUGCAAGAAGAUAGAAGUAAGUUUACAUGUCAAACAAUGCUCAUCUGCAAUUCCUAGGAAGGGAAUGGGAUGGGAAAAGGAUGAAUAUAAGGAUGGAUAUAACCAAACAUAUAUGUUGUAGAGGUUUUUCCCCUCCAAUCUAGAUUACAAGGAUGGAUAUAGCCAGGCAUAUAUGUUGUAGCGUUUUUUCCCCCACAAUUUAGAUUACAGUUGUGUGGUAAAAAUGCAAAGAUCGUAUGCUUGUUAAUUGAUAAUUACCAAAUUUCCG